AGUGCUGGUCGCAUCGCAGAAGGCGCCACAACCCGUUGACUUUUAUGUGAUACACAGACAUCGCAGAAUCUGCGGUCGGGCGCGAAAAAGUUUUUGACUUUUUCUCGUAGCGCGCUGGUUCCUUUUUUGCAAAACUUUGAGACAAUUUUGGUGAAAUUGUGGGGAGAUUUUGUGUGGAUUAGAGAGUGAUUGUUGUUUUGUUUUAGUGGUGCUAAACUUUUGACAAAGUUUUUGAAAGUUUUUCUUGGAGAAUUCUAAAUCAUUGUUAGCGACAAUUUUUCAUUUUCUGACAGCUAUUUCUCCAAUUUUACGACCAUCCGCCAGAACUGAAAAAUAAGGAAAUCCAUCAAUAACUGGAUCAUUAAGCAAGAUUGUUCCUGUAAAUGUUGGAUCACUUUUUCGCUGAUGAGAUUAUACGAUAAGUCAUCCAAGAUGAAGACGAGGCUGUUUAGUUCUGGUUUAUAUCGUGGCCAAUCCACAAACGAAAAAUUCCACCUCAUUGCAACGAUAAAACAUCAAUGAAUAUUUAAUUAAUGCACCGUACCUGAACAUCUCCCAAAGAUGAUUGACAGUACGACAGGAGAAACACCACUACCCCCUAACGAUUCCGCACCUUUCAUCGUUUGGCCAAUCGUCAACGCGAAUCCAAACGACACCGAUUUCCAGUCAUGUCUACUGGACUCAGAAACUAUCGUGUUCUUCCAGUUUGUCAUCAAUGGUCUUCUGAUGAAUAUUAUAGGGGUACUUGGAGUACUUGGAAACAUCAUCUCUAUGAUUAUUUUAUCCAGGCCGCAGAUGAGGUCCAGUAUCAACUAUUUGCUUAUUGGACUAGCAAGAGUGGAUACGGUGCUGAUUAUAACGAGUAUGCUGCUAUUUGGAUUACCAGGCUUAUAUCCAUACAGUGGAAUGUUAUUUACAUAUUUCUACGUAGUACUACCCCACAUAGCGCCUGUGGUGUAUCCGCUAGCCACGGUAGUUCAAACUGCCUCUGUGUAUCUCACUGUUACAGUCUCUUUAGAAAGAUUUGUAGCUGUGUGCCAUCCUUUGCGAGCACGAUCGCUUUGUACGUACGGUAGAGCAAGAAUUUACGUGGUCGGAAUCAUAAUAUUUUCCGCCAUGUACAACCUGCCGAAGCUGUGGGAAACGACUGUGCAGAAGGAAUGGAGUGAACGAGAUAACACGACCAUCUACUGUGUAAGAGAAUCCGAAUUAAGAGGGAAUGAGACUUAUAUCCACAUAUACAUUCAUUGGCUGUAUUUGAUAUGUAUGUACCUGGUGCCCUUCGUCGCUCUGGCUGUGUUAAAUGCUUGUAUAUAUAGACAGGUACUAAGGGCGAACAAAGAGCGCCAGCGUCUCUCUCGGAACCAGAAGCGAGAAAUCGGCCUAGCUACAAUGCUUCUAGGUGUAGUCGUCGUCUUCUUCAUCUGCAACCUCCUACCACUAGUGAUUAAUAUCAUAGAAACUUUUCAAGUCCAAAUACCAUUUGAACUAGACUAUCUUUUGCAAACGAGCAACUUGUUAGUGACGAUAAAUUCUAGUGUUAAUUUUAUUAUUUAUGUGAUCUUUGGUGAGAAGUUCAAGAGACUGUUUUUAAUUUUGUUCUGCAACAACAAUCUGUUCAGAAGCGGCAGGGAAUCUCCGGAUGGAGUGACGCACGAAGAUAGUUUUAUCUCCAAUGGGGACAGACACAGUUUAAGACUUCAGCGGCAUAGUACCAGCUUAAGCAGAAACGGAACGGGUUCCAACUUCGGCCGCACCAAUGGCUCAACGCGCAUCCCCACCCGAAACAGCUGUCGAUACAACCGCACUUCGAGCCCAGGCCCUUGCGUCUACUACCCAGCUAACCGCAACAACAAGGAAAUCACACAGACAACAGUAUUAAUAGGAGAUUGACAGUGGGAGCACCACGAGACGGCGCUGAUGGAAGACCAUGACGUAUGACACACGUCUCUUCAGAGCAUCCACCGGUUCUACGGGAUCGGCGAGGAAAGUGUACAGGGUGAUUAAGAUAAGAAUACUUUUUGUUUACGAGUAUGCUUGAUUUAUGAUGUUUAUCAAUUUGAGUAUUAAACCUAGAACAAAACACAAGGUUGUUAAGCAUUAAAAAUUAUUAUACAAUAUUACCAUAUACAAGUAUAAAAUCACAGCUGGAAACUUGUGAUGACAAGUGAUGACAGAUGACAUAAUAAUUUCGUGAAAGCAAACUAUUACCCAAAAUAGAAAAAUCUGAUCAUACGAGAUCACUGCAGAAUCACGGUCAUAAGUUAGUUGACUAAAAUAUCAUUUUUAUAUAAAUUUAAGAAUAGAAGAAUACAUUGAUAACAGAUUGCAAUUCAAAAAGUGGUCACGACGUAGGUGCAUGUUUUUUUAUAUCAGAUUAAAGCUUUUUUUAUACGAAGUUAUAAGGUUUCCUAUGAAAAAAUAGCCGUAAAUAAUUAGGGUUGGCAGCUGUUAAAAACGCAAGGUAUCAUAGAUAAAGUGAAAUAAAACUAGCGCGCAACGCCACUGGUGUGACAAGAUGACUGCUUUAACAACUUACACUCGCAAUCAAACAUUGUCUACCUUGACAAACCAGUGGCAUUGCGCGCUAGCUUUCUUUUACCUUAUCUUUGAUAGAGUCUCUCCUAAUAACUGCAAACUUCUAUUGUCCCCGAAUAACUGCAAAAGUCUGAAAACUACCACAGUCACAGAAGUAAGUAAGUCACAGGUUGUGCAAAGGGAAAAUCAUAAUUCUCAGUAGCAGGCAGAUAAUAAUAGAGAGAGAUAUAGAGGCAGAUACUUAAACAACAAUAUAUCUAACCAGUACCUUCAUCAUCAAAAUGGGCUCGACAGUCUUUUCACCACUGCAGUUGAUUCCUUGAAACUUCUUUCCAUCUUCUGACCCUCUUAAAGUCUUCUUUAAUAUCAUCAAUCCAUCUUUUACGCGGUUCUGCUCUAAUUCUUCUACCCUCUGCCUCAAAUGUCAAUCUCUUUGUGUUGUCGGUAUCUGACAUCCUAGGAAUGUCUUCAGAUCUUCUUAUUCUCUGCAACUUAAUAAAUUUCACAAUACCUAUCUGGAUUUGUGUAUAAUUGGAAUAAUUCAAAGUUAUAUCUUUGAAAACAGAUUAUUUUCACGUACGGCCCCAAAAAUAUUUCGAAAUAUUUUCCUCUCAAAGAUUCCUAAGUACUUUCUCGUCGUUUUGAGAGUUCUAUUUGCUACUACUAUGCGUCUUUUUACUUAUUCGCUUGACGUGUUUUGUUGUAUUUACUAUCGAUCAAGGAUAUGUGCAAAUAUAUCCAGGAUCCUUUGACUUGCUCAAAGAUAUAAUUGUUAAUUUAGAUUUUCUUCUUCCUACGCUGCCUAUAUCUUCUACGGAUAUUGGCCAUCAUUUCAUAGAUAUAGCUGCCAGAAAAUAUAAUUGUUCUCAAUUCGUAUAAAAUUAGAUCUCAAGUUCAAUUAAAUGGUCACCUUUUUGGUUACGUUUACCUGUUUAGCCCAAAGGUUCCUACAGAAUCUACAAUCCUUGCUUUGCCAACUUCUACAUUCAGAUCGUCCAUUUUUAUUACUUCUUGAUUGCUUCUAAUCCUUUUGCCAAUAUUAUUACGGUAUACUACAGAUAUGCAGUCGAUUUAAUACUCCUUGCGGACAGCAAAUUUUGGUUGAUCGCACUACGAAGUUUUGAGAGAGGUAGGUAUGGAAUUGGAGGAAAUAUACUGCUUGAAAAAAUUAAACUACUUUUCAAUAUCUGCCUUCACAACGCCAAUAUUCCAACAGACUGGAACAACGCUACUAUGAUUCUAUUACACAAAGCAGGAGACAAAGCUAAUUUAGAGAAUUACAGACUGAUUAGCCUCCUCAGCCAUUUAUAUAAGUUAUUAACGCGAAUAAUAGUUAAGAGAAUGGAAAGAAAGUUAGAGACUUAUAUCAACCAAGAGAACAGGCAGGAUUUCGAAAACGUUACGGAACAAAUGACCAUCUACAAAGUAUAAAAACCAUAAUAGAGAAAGUAGUGGAAUACAAUAAACCUCUAGUUCCAGUUUUUAUCGAUUUUCAUAAAACCUUUGACACAGUAGAGCUUAGCAAAAUAUUAUAGGCGCUUAAAGAAUGCAUUCUAUUACAGAAGCUUAAAGAAUGAUUAUAGGUAUACAAAAUUAUUACACAAAAUAUACUUACAGGCAACAACAACUAUUAAAUUACAUACUAACAGUAAUCGCAUAAAAAUAGAACGGGGAUUAGACAAGGAGACCCAAUGUUACCUAAACUUUUUAAUACGGUUUUAGAACAUGCUUUUAAGAGUUUGGAUUGGAUGACAAAGGGAAUAAAAAUAGAUGGAGAAUACCUAACCAACUUACGUUUCGCCGAUGAUAUAGUCAUAAUAGCUGAGGAUCUAGGUAUGGCAAGAGAGAUGGUACAAGAACUCGUUGUGGCUACAGAAAAUGUAGGUUUAAAUAUAAACAUCUCGAAAACAAAAAUAAUGACAAAUUUGGUACCCAACCAGAACAUCAGUAUUGGUGGAAAGGAAAUAGAACUCGUAGAUAGAUAUAAAUAUGUGGGACAUGAAACUACGAUUGGCAAGGAUAACCAGACUCAUGAACUGAAUAGAAGAAUCGGCCUUGGGUGGGCAGCAUUUGGAAAACUGAGAGAAACUUUUAAAAGUGAGUUGCUCACAUGCCUAAAGAGAAAGGUAUUUGAUCAGUGCGUCCUCCCAGUCUUGAUGUACGGAUCAGAAACACUUACCUUAACUAAAGCCUCGGCUACCAAACUAAGAGUCACGCACAGAAGAAUGGAGCGGUCAAUGUUAGGAAUAACUCUGCGAGACAAAAUCAGAAACGAAGGAAUCAGGAGAAGAACAAAGGUGACUGACGUCAUCGAGAGGAUAGCCAGGUUGAAGUGGAGAUGAGCAAGACAGAUAGCCAGAAUGACAGAUGGGCGAUGUACGAAAAGGUUAUUGCAAUGGAGGCCAAGAGAAGACAAGAGAAGCGUCGGUCGACCGCCUACAUGAUGGAGUGACGACUUAAGAAAGGCAAAUAAAAGCUGGAUGAGAGCUGCGCAGGAUAGAUGGGGUUGGAAACGAGGGGAGUAGGCCUAUGUUCAACAGUGCACUUUUGAGGCUGGCGGAUGAGGUAUGAAAUGAAUACAAAAAACAACAAUCAUGAUUUUUAGUAAGAACAAGAUUGAAGACGAAACGAUCUACGUUAAAAGAAAAGCUUUAGAGAAAGUUCCCAGAUACAAUUACUUGGGAUAACUUAAUGGGAUCGCAGCCUUUAAACAAAACGCAGCAAUAAGAUGGCUUAAAGCACUUUCUAUGAGAUGAAAAUGUAUUCAAUGGAAAACUGGUAAUAAUAACAAAUUCUCUUUUACAUGGAGUUGAAGUAAGGACAGUUAUGGACGUAACUGAAAAGAGAUUUGCUGGCUUUGAAAUGUAGUGUUAUCGAAUAAUGUAAAAAAUAUCAUGGACACAACACAUAACAAACACGGAAAGAUCAAGAAAGAUAAAAAAGAACAGAAAUACUCAACACUAUAAGAGAAAUAAAUUAGCUACUGUAGUCACAUACUAAGAAAUGGAAAAAAUGAGUUGAUGCGACUGGUUAUACAAGGGAAAGUGGAAGGAAAAAGGGAACCGGGAAGACAGCGCAUGUCGUGGUUAAAAAAUUUGAAGCAGUGUAGUAGAGGAACACCAAUAAAUAGACUCUUCAGUACCGCUGCAGACAAAGUAAAAUGAGCCGUGAUGAUAGCCAAUGGUAUUAAAGGAUGAGGCAAUCGAAGAAGAAGAAGACUAUUUUUUGAAGCACUAUAUACAGGGUAGCGAGAAAGUAUGGAAACACGGUAAUUUCUCGGAAACAGCUAGAACGAUUUUUACAGAUUUUGGUGGGUAAGGGUCUUCUAAUGCGGCCGAUAUUAUAGUGGUAAUUACAUUGUUGUGGCAUUUUCCGUUUUUCUGGAAAUCUAAUUAACUUUCUUAUUUUAAAUGGAACACCCUGUAUAUUUUUUGCGUUAUGAAGUUCUUACAAGAUACUGAUUAUUUUUGAUGUUAUAUUCCAUAUACAUAAAUGCCAUAAUUUCGGAGUUACUGAUACAUUCAUUAAAAAAAAAUUUAACCAAAUUAUAAAAAUCAAUUUUUUCGGUCGGGAUAGACAUUAUUUUAAGUUCUUUGGAUCAUUAGAAAUAAAAAAGGUCUUUUGUAAUUUUGCUGAAAAGUUAAUCGUUUCCGAGUUAUAAACAAUUUAAACCUGAAAAAAUCGAAAAAGGACGAUUUUCAACGUUCAAAAACAAAAGUAAAAAAUACUAUUUUUAAAACCACAAAGUAUCUAAAUUCAAGUUCAAACCCUAUUUUAUCAGGUACCGGUAAGUAAUUUGUUUUUAUGUAAUUUUAAAACAUUGGUUUUUAGUUGUUCAUGCAGCCGGAUCACCCGUCCUCUCAUAUGCGCUUUAUUAACAAUUAAAAAAAACAGUGUUUUACAAUAAAAUAUGCCAAAAAUUCUUAUAGGGAGCUGAUAGAAGAUGGUUUGAGCUUGAUUUUGGGUACUUUGUAAUUUUAAAAAUUAUUUUUUUUAAGUUAUACUUCUUUAGGCGCAAUUGAGAUUGAGGGUGAAUUUAUAUUGAUCUGCGCGCAUGCGCACACCGACAGUAUGGUAUUAGUCGUUAUACGGGCUCUGAUUGGGUGUUGAAAUGAUCUGUUAAUAAUAAAUAAUUGUUCAAUAUGAAGGUAAACAAAUGUAUAAUAUAUUAGUUUUAUUGUUGUGAGGACAGAAACAAAAAAUUUUAUAAUUGUAGUGACAUUUAAAUAGUUUUUAAAAGCAACAGGUACGUAAUAAUUGUAAAUGUAUCAUAGGUGCCAACCAAAAUACAUAGUAUGUAAUACUUUUAUUUACAUAAUUUGAUUACCAUCAAAAUUUCUAUCAAUAUUCACCUAAUAUAUUGUUUUCUUACUCUAUGUUUUGUUGUAUUUUUUCAAUUCUAAAUCAUUUCAAUUCAAAAUCAAAAUAAUUUAAUUUAAUUCAAAAAUGUCAAAAGCUUAAUCCGUUUAGUUAGUCGAUCUUCGCACACAAUGACACAUUGCCUCCGUGGCGAAGCGUUUAAGGCGAAUGAACCCCAAUAUGCCAACCGCGCUGAUAGCUGGUUCGAAUCCCAAUAAAAACUUUUAUUUUUUUAUUUUUUUUAUACAUUUUAUGAUUGUAAGUAUAUUUAUUAUAUAAUUUUAUUUUCACAAAAUACGUAUUUAGUUAAAAAAUUUUCCGACAAUUAAUGUUCAGAAAUCAUUUGUGGCAUUUUUAAUGUGUUUGUGUGUGUUUUAUUCUUUUAUUAUUUUAAUUUUUGGCACUGUUUUAAUAAAAAUGUUUGAGAAGUAGUAAGUAUAAAUUAGUUUAAUAUUUAAAUAAAAUAUAAAUAAAAAGUAUAUUAAUUUCGUUUAAAUCAUAUAAUAGAAGUAUAACUUCUUACGUGCGUACAAAGUACACACACAUUCUUUUUUCUUGUGUUUUUGAACCUUGAUAAUUGUCAUUUUUCGAUUUUUUCAGUCUUAAAUUGUUUAUAACUCGGAAACGAUUAACUUUUAAGAAAAAUUACAAAAGCUCUUUUCUGUUCCCGAUGAUCUAAAGAACUUAAAAUAAUUUCUACACGGGCCGAAAAAAUGUGAUUUUUAAAAUUUGUUUAAAAUUUUUUUUAAUAAUUGUAGCAAUAAUUCCGAAAUUAUGGCAUUUAGGUAUAGGGAAUAUAACAUGAAACAUAAUCAGUAUUUCUUAAGGAAUUUAAAACGCAAAAAAUAUACAGGCUGUUCCAUUUGAAAUAAGAAAGUUUAUUAGAUUUCCAGAAAAAGGGAAGAUGCAACAACAAUGUAAUUACCACUAUAAUAUCCGCUGCAUUAGAAGACUCUUACCCCCCAAAAUAUGUAAAAUUCGUUCUAGCGGUUUCCGAGAAAUUACCGUGUUUCCAUACUUUCUCGCUACCCUGUAUAACGUAUAACUGGUAUAACUAACAUAUUUUGAGAUUACAGUAUUUAUGGUCCUGUAUCUUCCUAUGAAGAAAGAAACUUCAAACUUUUCCGUACAGAGACUGACGCGUAUAGGAUGUACUACCCUGUAUAAUGAAGCGAUUAUGCUGCCAGACAAAGAAAUACGGUAUAACUCUAGUCACACUGGAAAUAUGACAUGAAAUUAUAUUUUUACCGUUAAAUAUAUAUUAAAAUCUCAGUAACAGUUCAAAUACAGUUUUAAUAGACAUUUUAAUUCAGACUCGGAAGUUUAAAAGUCCUAAAAGAAGAUCUUUUAAUGAGUUCAAAUACUAAUUUGAAAUAUAUACCGUUAGGUUUAAUACUCCUUUGAUACACUCCUUUCAAAUGAAACUUUUAAAUGGCAAUUUACAUUAGGUACUUUCAGCAGCAACUGAAAAUCUGACUGCUACGUUUUUACUAAGUAGAAGUUUAGAUAAACAGAGUAGGCAGAAAUAUAUGUUUAAGUGUUAUAAGCCACCGAAUGUUUUAUUUUACGGCCUAAGACUUACGAAGGGGACAAAUAUAUGUUAAAUGAUAACCACGAGCUUCGGUCAAAACAGUUUUAUUUUUAAUUUUUUUUUAAUAUUUAGUACCAAUAUAACAACCAAUUAUAACAGCGGAGUCACUAGUUAUAUCAUAGGGUGUCAAUUGUUGAGGCUUCGGCUAGCUAUGCCUCUCAGGUGUACGUACGUCAUGUCCUAAAUGCAAAUCUGAACAAUGAGUUGAAAAGAGAUAAAUCAAAUAAUACAUAUAUUUAUUAACACCUUAAAGUUCAGGAAAAGACGCACCCAUCCAUAUGUCAACCAUCCAUUUUGGUCCAAGGGUGUGGAUUUUAUGGCUCUUCCUAUUUAGGGUCUGUUUUUCGUUCUCGUCCCCGAAACUCCCAAAAAUUUCGAAAAUUUAAGUGGACCUUUACGGCCUGUGAUAGUACUAAUCAUUACCUUUCCAACGCAUGUCUAAUUUUGAAAAUCGGUUAUACCAUUCAAAAGUUACCGAGCUCAGAAGUAUGACUAAAUUUCUAUUUAAAAAAGGGAAAAUGUUUGUGGAUAUGUAUGUAUGUAUGUAUGUAUGUAUGGAUGUACAUAUGAAUGUAUGUAUAUUUGUGGAAAAGUUAAACCGAUCUGAAUUUUUUUCUGUGUUUGAAGAGGGGGUCAGGGCCGAUUCAGAACCGGUGUAGUUUGUGACUUUUGACCACCCACAAGCCAGAUAUAGGACUUGGUAGGUACAAAACGGCAUAUUUUUUGGGAGCAUAUAUCUUCGGUUCAAGAAGAGACAGGAGAACCGCAAAUACACCAAAUCAAUAGCGUUGAGUUAAGCUUUCAAAUGGUGUUUAAGCCGUCAGAAUCAGACAUAUACACCGCUCAGUAUAGCCAAAAAACUGAAAAUCUAAACUUUGAAAAUUUUGAUUAUUCGACAAUUACUCAAAAUUUCAACCUUCGAAUUACGUCAAUAACUGAGUGUUUGUAGAAGGGCUUCGAAUUUUUAAGUUAUAGGCUUCAUAAGUAUAAUCAAAUUUAUUUUCUAUGGAAAAAACACGUUUUCAAGCUCAAUAAUUCCUGUAAUACCUUCAGUUAUCAUACUUGACCUUAGAUGCAUCAGAUACUACUGGUCAAUACGUUUCAAACUCAUGUUUAGUGAUCAAAAUCGGUUAAGCCGUUUAGAAGUUAUUAAGCUACAAAAGUAUAAUCCAAUUAACCAUUAUCCCCGAAAUGGUUUAUGUAAUUGUAGUGGUUACGACGUUAAAUUUGAUCGGGUAACGGGCAAUCCGAGUUCAUUUACCGGCCAUGCCAAUAUUUUUUUUCAAUCUAUUCCGAAUAAAAAAAAAUCUAGUGUACAUUCGAUAUACACUAGAUCAUUUUUGAGAGAUAAUGCGAUAAAGGCGACCAUUUAUAAAGCUUAACGUAUAAUCGAGUAAGAUUACAUUCAAAUUCAUACAUUUAAUUUAUAAAUAACUUUGAAAAACUCCUGAUACAAGAAUAAAAAACCGCUAAACGCCGUAAAAAUGGGUGGCGCAUACAAUAUUCCAGCUAA